CCUCACAGGAGCCCCGUCAAAGCUACAGACAGGACUCUGUGUGCUGCAGAUGAUGUUGAUGAGGUGGUUGAGUUCAAAGCUCCCACUGACGAUGAGGAGGAAGCAGCAGAGAAGGGAGCAAAAAAGAAGAAAAUGGACAAGCUGCCCAUUCUUAUGGCUUUAAUGUUGCAGACCGUGUGCAAGACACUGGCCAAGCAGGGCUCGUCCUGCAAAAGCACCGUGACGCAGGCCAUCGGCUCCCAGAGCCUCGGAGGUCAGCAGGACUGGCUUGGGUUUCCAAACCCGGCCCAGAUGUGCUACAUGAACUCCAGCCUCCAGAGCCUGAUCACGCUGGCGGACUUCAUCAGGGACGUCAGCAGCCAGGAGGACGUGUGGAGUUCACUGCCUGAGGCUGAACUGAUGAGAAGAUUCAUGGACGUAGUGUGGAGUCACCGCUCCGUCGACUCCUGCCACAAACUCCAGGCCCUCGAUAUGUUCAAGAGGGCCCUCUCAGUCCAGGCUCCUGAGUUUCGGGACAACUACCAGAAAGUGAGUCAUCUGAUUUGAUAAUUCUUGUUGUUUCUCUU